AAGCAGGGUCUGCCGGGUUCAUUUCGCCGCUUCUCCACCCGGCUGGUCUUUUUGGAUCUCACUGCAAUGGCGGAACAGCAGCAGUUCUACCUCUUGCUGGGCAACCUGAUGAGCCCUGACAACAGCGUCAGGAAACAAGCGGAGGAGACCUAUGACACCAUCCCGGGCCAGAACAAGAUCACAUUCUUGCUGCAGGCCGUCAGAGAUGCAUCUGCUGCAGAGGAGGUCAAACAGAUGGCGGCAGUGCUGCUGCGGCGGCUGCUGUCAUCGUCCUUCGAGGAGAUCUAUCCAGGCCUGACCCUAGAGAUGCAGACAGCCAUCAAGACAGAGCUGCUGACCAGCAUCCAACAGGAAACCUCGCCAAACAUCCGCAAGAAGGUCUGCGACAUUGCAGCCGAGCUCUCCCGCAACCUCAUCGAUGAUGAUGGAAACAACCAGUGGCCAGAGGUGCUCAAGUUUCUGUUUGACUCUGUGAACUCUGACAAUGUUGGUCUGCGAGAAGCUGCCCUGCACAUAUUUUGGAACUUCCCAGGAAUCUUCGGCAACCAGCAGCAACACUACAUGGAGGUUAUCAAGCGUAUGCUUGUUCAGUGCAUGCAGGACCAGGAAAACCCCCAGAUUCGUACCCUGGCAGCUCGGGCUGCAGCAUCCUUUGUUCUGUCCAACGAAAGCAACACAGCUCUGCUGAAGCACUUUGCAGACCUGCUGCCUGGCAUUCUGCAGGCUGUGAAUGAAUCAUGCUACCAGGCAGACGACUCCGUGCUCAAGUCUUUAGUGGAGAUUGCAGACACAGCACCCAAAUACCUGAGACCCAACCUGGAGGCGACGCUGCAGCUCUGUCUGAAGUUGUGUGCUGACACAAACCUGACAAAUAUGCAAAGGCAGUUGGCAUUGGAAGUCAUCGUCACCUUGUCUGAGACAGCAGCAGCCAUGCUGAGGAAACACACGGCUAUUGUAGCUCAAAGCGUGCCCCAGAUGCUGGCUAUGAUGGUGGACCUCGAGGACGAUGAUGAGUGGGCCAUGGCUGAUGAGCUGGAGGACGAUGACUUUGACAGUAAUGCUGUGGCUGGAGAGAGUGCUCUUGACAGAAUCGCCUGUGGUCUGGGAGGAAAGAUCAUUCUGCCCAUGAUCAAGCAACAUAUCAUGCAGAUGCUGCAGAACCCUGACUGGAAGUACCGCCACGCCGGGCUCAUGGCGCUGUCGGCCAUCGGCGAGGGCUGCCACCAGCAGAUGGAGGCCAUCCUCCAAGAGAUCGUCAGCUUCGUGCUCCUCUUCUGCUCCGACCCUCACCCCAGAGUACGCUAUGCUGCCUGCAAUGCUAUUGGACAGAUGGCCACAGACUUCGCCCCAACCUUUCAAAAGAAGUUCCACGAUAAGGUGAUCUCAGCCCUGCUUCAGACCAUGGAGGACCAGAGUAACCCUCGAGUGCAGGCACAUGCUGCUGCCGCUCUCAUCAACUUCACAGAGGACUGCCCCAAAUCACUGCUCAUCCCUUAUCUGGACAGCUUGGUGCAGCACCUUCACGUCAUCAUGGUUGCCAAACUGCAGGAGCUGAUCCAGAAGGGUACAAAACUGGUCCUGGAGCAGGUGGUGACGUCCAUCGCCUCCGUAGCCGACACUGCUGAGGAGAAGUUUGUGCCAUAUUACGACCUGUUCAUGCCCUCGCUCAAACACAUAGUAGAAAACGCUGUGCAGAAGGAGCUCCGGCUGCUUCGUGGAAAGACCAUCGAGUGCAUCAGUCUCAUCGGUCUGGCUGUCGGCAAGGAGAAGUUCAUGCCUGACGCCUCUGCCGUCAUGCAGUUGCUCCUCAAAACCCAGACAGACUUCAAUGACCUGGAGGACGACGAUCCUCAGAUCUCGUACAUGAUCUCAGCCUGGGCCAGGAUGUGUAAGAUCCUGGGGAAAGAGUUCCAGCAGUACCUGCCUGUGGUGAUGGGCCCCCUGAUGAAGACUGCCUCCAUCAAGCCUGAGGUGGCCCUUCUCGACACUCAGGACAUGGAGAACAUAUCAGAGGAUGACGGCUGGGAGUUUGUCAACCUGGGAGAUCAGCAGAGUUUUGGCAUUAAGACAGCCGGCCUCGAGGAGAAAGCCACUGCCUGUCAGAUGCUGGUGUGUUAUGCCAAAGAGCUAAAGGAGGGAUUUGUGGAAUACACGGAGCAGGUGGUGAAGCUGAUGGUUCCUCUGCUCAAGUUCUACUUUCAUGAUGGUGUGCGGGUGGCUGCUGCCGAGUCGAUGCCCCUGCUGCUGGAGUGUGCCCGGGUUCGAGGACCGGAGUACCUCACCCAGAUGUGGCACUUCAUGUGUGACGCCCUCAUCAAGGCCAUCGGCACCGAGCCAGACUCCGACGUGCUGUCAGAAAUCAUGCAUUCUUUUGCCAAGUGCAUCGAGCUGAUGGGAGACGGCUGUCUGAACAAUGAGCAUUUUGAGGAGCUGGGAGGAAUCCUGAAAGGAAAGCUGGAGGAGCAUUUUAAGAACCAGGAGCUCAGACAGGCCAAGAGACAGGAUGAGGACUAUGACGAGCAAGUCGAGGAAACAUUACAAGACGAGGAUGAGAAUGAUGUGUACAUCCUGACCAAAGUCUCAGACAUCCUGCACUCAGUCUUCAGCAGCUACAAAGAGAAGGUGCUGCCUUGGUUUGAACAGCUGCUGCAGCUCAUCGUCCAGCUAAUAUGUCCCAACAGGCCAUGGGCUGACAGACAGUGGGGUCUGUGCAUCUUUGACGACGUGGUGGAGCACUGUAGCCCUUCCUCCUUCAAAUAUGCAGAGUAUUUCCUUCGGCCAAUGUUGCAGUCACUGUGUGACACGAGCCCUGAGGUUCGGCAGGCUGCCGCCUACGGUGUUGGCGUCAUGGCUCAGUAUGGAGGAGAGAACUACCGCCCUUUCUGCACAGAGGCCCUCCCCCUGCUGGUCAGAGUCAUUCAAGCAGCAGACUCUCGCUCAAAGGAGAACGUCAAUGCUACAGAGAACUGCAUCUCAGCUGUUGGAAAGGUUAUGAGGUUUCGGCCAGAGUGUGUCAACGUAAAUGAGAUCCUCCCUCACUGGCUCAGCUGGCUACCGCUCAACGAGGACAAAGAGGAGGCCGUGCACACGUUUGACUUCCUGUGCGACCUCAUUGAGAGCAACAACCCCAUUGUUCUUGGGCCAGACAACGCCAACCUUCCUAAAAUUUUCCUCAUCAUAGCCGACGGGGUCGCAAACGAAUCGGUCAAGAGUGAAGACGCGUGCAGCAAACGACUCGCAAAUGUCAUCCGUCAAGUCCAGGUGUCGGCAGGAUUAUGGACGCAGUGUGUAUCGACACUGAACGAGACGCAGCAGAAAGCCAUACAGGACCUACUGAAUACUGCCUGAGCCUGAACCCCCAGUCACCUCCCCGCUCUUUAAAAAGCCCAUGAAGAAAAGUUGAGCUCCUGGAUCUCCUCCAUACACUCCCUCUUCUUCCUCCUGCUCUGAUCUGUAGUGUGUACGGACGCCGGCCUCACCCCUAUCACUACCCCCCUCCCCUCCCCAGCCCUACUAUUAUAAUACUCCACCUACAUUCAGCCGACUGGGGGAGCAGGUUGGAUAUUAAUGACAAUGGAGGACAUUGGCCAUCCACCUCAAAGACUUUCACCCUGCAUCCAAGGAAGUGGGAAUAAGUAAAGCGUCUAACAGUUAUCCCUGUCCUGUCACCGCUAACAUGUCUAUCUGGACGUUUCGUUUCCAACCAUUCCCUGAUGUGUGACUUGUCUCGCCGCCGCCGCCGCCGCGCCCAGAGGGACUCAUUCACCAAGUCGCCCAACACAAACUCAUUGGACAGUCAGGCUCAGAGGGGCCACAGUGGGGGAAGUGGGGACAGGACAUUCUAGUGGACUGAGCAAUUGAACGAGGUGGAAAUGCACACUGGGCGAUCACUGCCUGUCUCCUGUGAAUUUUUUUUUUUUCUUUUCUUUUGUAUUUUUAUUCUAUUCUUUUCUCGUUCAGUGUUCCCAGUGUUACCUGGGGGGAAAUGGCCUCUGUCUGCCACAGCUCAGAGGGUAUGUUUCAAAAGUAACGGCAUGUUUGUUAAGUGGCUAACUCUAGAAAAUAUACAUAGUUAGGAAAUGUACAUCAUCGUUAUCUGGGAGAGUUAACAUUGAUUUAAGCAGCUUUCCUCCAUAGCCUUCCAGACAGCUGUUCACGGGAAAAGGAAAUGUUUUGCUGAACGGUUCGCGGCCCUGUUAGGUAGCAGUGUUAAUGACAAGGGGCUCUCUGAAGAGAAGCGCAAUAACAUGUUGUUGGUCACGGCCACAAAGUGUGUAUCAAGUCGGAGGAACAUAAAUUGUAGAUUAUUUGUUAAAGGAGUGCUACCUUACACUCGACUUUAUGGUUUUGACCCUUUGCAGUCCUGCAGGUAUGUGAUGGAAUUCCAGAAAUUACCAACAAUAAAAUUACAUUUGAGAAUUCUGA